AUGGUCUCUUGCUUGACCGUCGAUACCCCGACCCCAAGUACCUACUGGAGUGGCAGCGCCCUGCUAUUUGACGCGGACUCCAGAAACGUGCGGACGUACUUCACGACUGCCUUCACGAUAGUCAAUACCCUUCUUCCGUUCGUUGGGUCAUUUGUCAUUAAGAGGAUCAAUCAAAGAGCCAUCCUAAAGGGCGCUGCUGUAAACAAUAAUGGCGUGCCUCUUAACCACUUGUCACCGUGGCUGUCCCUUACGUCCACUGUAUUGAAUUGGUUUAGAACGCGCCGAUUCCCUGGCGGCCCCUUUGGCGUCGUGAUGCUCUUUUCUGGGUUGAUAAGCGUACUUUCCAGCUUCAUUGUCAGCUACUUCGUCUUUGACUACACCUUGGCUGGGCACUGUCCUUUUGGUAAAGGAGUGGUUGUCAGUCAGGCAAAUGCGGUCGUUUGGCCAGAGAAGACGCCGUUACCAGACUAUUUUUACCCGACGCCCUUGUGGCCCGGUUCUACCAUAUCUGUCUCCUCUCAGAUGAUCAGCUACUUCAGCCGGCCGCGAGUGGGUCUAACGCUUACAAUUGGAAUCUCGCAGAUUGCUAACAAUGGUCUGGACUUCUACGCUCGGGAUGAAGACAUUCUAGGCGGCUGGCAAUGCAACCGAGAUCCUAGCCUUGCUGGGAAGCUCGCCUUUACCAACAACCUCACUCGUCCAAAUCAGGGACUGCUGCAAUGCUACUGGAUACAUGCAAAUGCUCGAACUCACCUGAAUGCGAUGAUUAUGUCUUGGGGAUCCAAUGAUAAUGGCGAUCACACUGCCUCAGUCUCCGGAUGCGUACUUUCUCGUGCGGCUACCAACAUUGGUGUUUGGCUUAUCCUUGCCAUCGAAAUCAUACUGCUGCUCAUCCUUGGUGUCCUCGAUCUGGUGACCUUGUUGGCACUGACGAGAAACAAAAACAUAUACGAAAAGAUCAAAGACACGCCUAGUGACUUGGUGGACUGGCAGGUAGCCUUCUUUAGACAUUUGAAGAAAGACAAGGAGGCAAAAUUCGAGGCAAAGGACCUGAGGGCAUAUUCCUAUGGCUGGGACGACGGACAUGAAAUGCUUGUUUUGAAGGAAACUUAUGGUCGAGGGUCAGCGAAAAGGAUGCAGAAAUACAAAGCGGGUCCAGACCGGGAUGACGAUCUGGAGAUGGAGGAGCACUUGAGUGGGGAAGAGCUAGGUUUAGUAGGCAAGUCAGUGGAAGGGCAUAUCGAUACGUAG